AUGUCAUCCUAUACUCUUGAGCGUCAAAUCGCAGAGCUCGCCGUGCUACGGGCAUCAAUCCUUACAAAAAGAGUCCAAUCGACCGUCAGCGGCAUUUCAAAAGCAGACGACUCUCCAGUCACCGCUGCUGAUUUCGCCGCUCAAGCUGUUCUCAUCAGCGCCCUCCGCAAGGUAUUUCCCGGUGACAACUUCGUCGGCGAGGAAGAUUCUAGCGCUCUCAGGGAAGAUCCCGCCUUGAAACAGCGUGUUUGGGAACUUGCCUCUGGCGCUCACCUCGAGAACGCAGACGACGAAGCCCUCCUUGCGAGCCCCAAAGAUGUCGAUGAGCUUCUUGAGGUGAUCGAUCUUGGAGGACGUGGUCAAGGUGGGAGAAAGGGGCGAUUCUGGGUAAUGGAUCCUAUUGAUGGAACAGCUACGUUCCUCAAGGGGGAACAAUACGCUGUCUCCCUAGCCUUGGUAGAGCAUGGAAAGGAGGUCGUUGGUGUUUUGGGCUGUGCGAACCUCAAGCCUGUGGAUGAUAAAGUUGCAGAGUCAACCAUCGACAAAGAUGGUCUGGGUCUUAUGCUCACCGCGGUUCGUGGGCAAGGCACCACCAUUCGCAAGAUGGAUUUCAGCGGUCUCCAGCCAGCUCAGCCUCUUGACAGCGUCGCCAAAGCCUCAAGCCCCGCUGAAGCUCAGAUCAUCAACUACUCGAGUGGCUCGACAUCUCGUCACGACCUCAUCCGCAAACUCGCAAGCUCUUUCGGUGCCAAAUUUCCCAACAUCGAGCUGUACUCAUCGCAUAUCCGUUAUGCGGCACUCCUUGUUGGCGGCGGUGAUUUUCAGCUGCGUAUCCCUUCAUCUGACGAUGUCAUGAUGCACAUCUGGGAUCAUGCUGGGGCUCAACUUAUCUUGACCGAGGCCGGCGGCAAAGUAACCGAUCUUGACGGCAAGGAUAUGGACUUUGGAGCUGGAAGGGAUCUAACCCAGAACAAUGGAUUGCUUGCAGCGAGACAGGGUAUCCACGCUGCCGUUCUUGAGAGUAUGAAGAGGAUUCUUGCUGAAGACGCCGCCUCCACUUAA